UUGUAUAAGAGGGGACUACACUCUCCGGCAAUGCAGCAGCAGUGCAUCUUUCGUGGGGAAAAUGGCGAAUUUCAGGAGGGUUUUACAUAGAAUCCCCGGAGUCCUCAAUUCGUCGCCUUUUCACUCCCGAGUCACCGCCCCGACCUCACCGAUCCACUCUCAAUUUCUUCGCAGGCAUUCCGUUGGCUCGAUUUUGAGGUUUUAUUCUUCUAACCAGUCACUAGAUGUUGAUUUCUCCAACGAAGAAAGCAAAAGGCGCUUAUGCAACAGGCUGCUAUAUAGAAGCAGACAAAGAGGGUUUCUGGAGCUGGACUUGAUUUUGGGGAAAUGGGUUGAGGAGCAUAUCCAUUCUAUGGAUGAAAAUGGAAUUAAAUCCCUUGUUAAUGUUCUUGACCAGGAAAAUCCAGAUUUGUGGAAGUGGGUGACAGACCAGGAAAAACCUCCUGAGAGUAUAGAGGCUAAUCCUGUGAGACAUGUUUUUGCUGCCGUGCGUGAGAAUGUUAUAAAAAAUCUGAACAACCAUGCUGCCCCUGAAACAAGGGCAAACCCUGGACGAUCAUGGGUGAGAGGAUGGGACGAUUUCAAGAAAGGACGGGACAGCCCUGUAUCUGGGAACCAGUAGCUCGGACACAGCACACAAAGCCUAGAUUGUGUCAUGGAGUAUGUUCUUUUCUAUCUGAAGAAAAAAUGGUCAUUUGUAAUAUAUAUAUAUGUUUUAGGACGACCUUGACAGAAAUAAGAGCUAGCUAUGGGAAUGCCAAGAUAAGAGCCAUGUUCUCACAAUUGACGUUGUUCCUCGCAUAUGUAGUGCAUCAAAUGCAAAAAUAAUCGAGUUACUUGGUAUGCGACUUCCAAGUUGGAUC